ACGCCGCCGGCGACGAUGAGCGGCGUGCACACGAUCGCGUGCGACGUCGUCCCGGGAAGCGCGCUGUUCAAAGUCCUCGGCGACAGCAAGACGACGAAGUGUCCCUCCGGCGCGGCGACCGCGGCGGACGACGACGACGCGUCGGACGCGUCCGACACCGACUCGGACUCCGACGAGGAUAAAUGCCAGGCGUGGCUGUUACACUACGUCUUCACCGCCGUAGACCCGGUGUACAACGCGGAGGUGUGCAGCCACUCGACGUACACGCCGGAUAAGGUUGUGGGCCCCGGGCGACUGAAGGACGUCAUCGCCGCGGGGAAGGGCGGCGCGGCGGCGAUAGAGUGGGCGGCGUUCGACGAGUACGUGCCCGGAUGCGAUCACCGCGCGGACGAUGAGGAGAAGGAGGAGGACGAGGGGAACGACGUCGGCGGCGACGAAGUCCUUAAGGAACGGCGUUCACCACGCGAACGCGGUCGUAUGGGAACCAGUCACCACGCGAACGCGGUCCCCGCGGAGAAGCCGAGCCCUUCGAGCUCGGACGGGAAGCGGAGCGACGACAGCGCGAUGGCGGCGGUCGUCGCGGACGACGACGCGGGGGGAGGGGAGGACGGGGGGGAGAGAAGAGGACGGGACGCGGCGGCGGCGGCGGCGGCGGCGGCGACGACGAAGUCCUUGAGGAACGGCGUUCACCACGCGAACGCGGUCGUACGGGAACCAGUCACGACGGCGGCGGCGGCGGCGGCGGCGGCGGCGAGCUCGGCGGGGAACGUCGCGGUGACGUUCGCCGAGGACGCGCAGGCGGACGCGAUGACGGAGACGGCGACGGCGACGGCGGCGGCGGCGGCGCCGACGCCGACGCCGACGCCGACGUUUCUCUCCCGCGAGGAGUGCCUCGCGUCUUCGCCGCCGCCGCCUCCGUCGUCGUCGGGCGCGAAACUCAUCGCGGUCAUGUCCGCGCGCGCCUCCGACGGCCAGGGCGUGUCCGACACUUCGUCCGACACGACACAUGUCGUGUCCGACACGACACACGCCGCGCUCCUCGACGGCGCCGCGCCCGAGGGCCCGCUGACGCCCUACUGCGGCGCGUGCGCGAGACUGUGCCUCGUCCUCGGCGAAGCCGGGGUGCCGUUCGAGACGGUGAUGAUCGACCGCGACGCGAAACCGGCGUGGUUCAAAGACGCGGUCAGAGAAGGGACGACGCCCGCGGUCAGAGGCGGGUUCGGAGGGCUCGGAGGAGAGGAAGCUCUCAAAGAAGACGCGUCUUGGGUCGCCGGACACGACGCGCUCCUCGCGGCGGCGGCGAAGACCUACCCGCGCGUGUCCGAGAUGAUACGACGCGCGAACGGCGACGGUCGCGGCGACGGCGCGCGCGGCGCCGCUUCGAAGAUGACCACCGCGGACGCGACGCGGCUCGGGGAGAAGCUCACGUCCGCGCUCGUGUGCGGGCGGACGUUGGCGCUCGGCGGCGGCGACGGCGACGGCGACGACGCGGACGACGGGAGGUUCGAGUGGUGCCUCGCCGCCGCCGGCGUCGCGUUCGAGUCUCGGAACGGCUCCGGCGGCGGCGCGUCGACGUCGAUCGAGGACGCGAGGCGUUCGCUCGCCGCCGCCGCGUCGGACGCGGUUCGCGAGAUCGAAGCCGCGAUGUCGUCCGUAACGGCCGCGUCGUCGCCGUUUUUAGGCGGCGAGACGCCGAACGCCGCGGACGCGACGCUCGCGCCCGCGCUUCUCGUCGCGCACAACGUCUUGCUCUCCGGGCUCGCGUCGAUCGACGUUUCGUCCGACACUUCGUCCGACACUUCGUCUUCUUCCCCCCCGUCGCUCGCGUCCCUCGGCGGACCAUCGCUGCUGCCCUACCUCGAGCGGUGGUCGACGCGCAGGUCGUGGACGGACGCGUACCGCCGCGGCGGCGUCGUCAACGCCGCCGUCGUCCGGCACCUCGCGGCGUCGAUUCUCGAGCGCGGCGGCGGCGGCGGCGGCGGCGGCGGCGGGCGCGCGAACGCGAACCGAGCCGCCGCCGCCGCGGAGUUGGCGGCGUGCGUCGAGCGCGCGCGGGGGAAGGACACGGCGUACGCCGACGCGGUCAGAGCGCGCGGCGGCGGCGGCGGCGGCGGCGCGGGCGAAGGAAGCGACGACGCGCCGAGGAAACUCAAGCGCGAAAAGAGCGCGAAGAGACCCAAGCGCGACAAGAGCAAAAAGACGAACGCGGUGAUUUGCAUCUAGCCGCGUAGCUCGCGCGCGCUGUAACUUUUUUAUACCAU